UCUGAAAAUUCCAAAAUUAUUUUUUUACACAAAAUGAUGAAAAUACACAAAUCUACCCAUUCCCACUCAUCGUCAGCAGAAACAGCUCAUCACUGCCGUAAAACAACCGUUUGCAGACGGUGCUUCCCGCCGCCGUCGCCGUGCGAAAAACCUCAAAACAGCCUUACCUUUUUUUUUUUUUAAAGAUAUGACUAUUUUAGUUUAGCGAGUAUGAUGUCCAAAAGGUGGUGGAGUAUUAUAAUUAACAAGUCCCAUUUUUCCUGAAUAGAUUCCAUUUGUACAGCUGCAUUCAAACGACUGUUUCACUUUCUACUUUACGGAAACCUAAUCCCCCAAGCCAACAUACCAAAUACCCCCAAUUUUUAUCUUCCAUUUUUUAUGGCUGGUGGGGGAACGAUACUCCUGCGAAUUGGCUACUUGUCUUGUCCCCUCAGCCCCAAAAGAAUUCAUUAACUAUUAAGAAAUCCGAUUUGUUUGUUGUGAUGGUAAAAAAGCUCGGUGUGUAAACUGUUGCUAAUUCUCUUACCGGUAUGCCCAAGAGCAUGUGUUUUUUGUUCUGAGCAGCAAAAAUGGUGGUGAGGAAAGUAGGGAAGUACGAGGUGGGAAGGACUAUUGGCGAAGGGACAUUUGCAAAGGUGAAGUUUGCGCAGAAUACGGAGACGGGAGAGAGUGUGGCCAUGAAAGUCCUUGAUCGCUCCACCAUAAUAAAGCACAAGAUGGUCGAUCAGGAAAGGAUUAACGUGGGGAAGAUGAUAAAGAGGGAGAUAUCAAUUAUGAAACGUGUUAGACAUCCGUGUGUUGUCCGGUUGCACGAGGUGCAACAUGGGAGGCUUAGUGAAUCCGAGUCCAGAAGAUACUUUCAGCAGCUUAUUGAUGGAGUGGAUUAUUGCCACAGUAAGGGAGUUUAUCACAGAGAUUUAAAGCCUGAAAAUCUACUGCUUGAUUCUCAAGGAAAUCUGAAAAUCUCUGAUUUUGGUCUUAGUGCAUUUCCUGCAGAAGGAGUCAGUGUUUUGCGCACAACCUGUGGUACUCCUAAUUAUGUUGCACCGGAGGUUCUUAGUCAUAAAGGCUACAAUGGUGCUCUGGCGGAUAUUUGGUCAUGUGGGGUCAUCCUUUAUGUUUUGAUGGCUGGUUAUCUUCCGUUUGAUGAGAUUGAUCUGACCACUCUGUAUGGGAAGAUUGAGAAUGCAGAAUUUUCAUGCCCAUCGUGGUUCCCACUUGGAGCAAAAUAUUUGAUCCAGAGAAUAUUAGACCCGAACCCUGAAACACGCAUUAGGAUUGAAGAUAUCAGAAAUGAUGAGUGGUUUAACAAGAAUUAUAACCCAGUCAGACUUCCUCUAACUGAAGUCGUUGAUUUAGAUGAUGUUAAUGCAGCUUUUGAUGAUCCAGAGGAAGAAGCACCUGAUCGGCAAUAUGGGAAUGAAGAUAUGGGGCCUCUGGUUCUCAAUGCAUUUGAUAUGAUUACCCUCUCUCAGGGCUUGAAUCUUUCGGCAUUGUUUGACCGCAGGAAGGAUUCACUGAAACAUCAAACACGUUUUGUUUCGCAAAGACCAGCAAAAGUCGUCCUAUCGAGCAUGGAAGUUGUUGCGCAGUCGAUGGGUUUCAAGACGCAUAUUCGAAAUUAUAAGAUGAGAGUUGAAGGUCUUUCUGCGGAUAGGACUUCACAUUUCUCUGUAAUUAUGGAGUCUGUGUAUUCUCAACUCUUUUGUCAACAGAUCUUUGAAGUUGCUCCUGCAUUUAUCAUGGUUGAUAUUCAGAAAGCAGCUGGAGAUGCUGAGGAAUAUCUGAAGUUCUACACGAACUUCUGUAACAAUCUUGAAGAUAUUAUUUGGCAGCCGCGUGAUGAGAGCUGCAAAACACGAACCACCAAGACAAACAGCAGGCGUAGAUAAUCUCAUCUCAUUAUUCACAUUUCAUUAACUUUAAACUAAAAUCCUUGUAUUUGACUAACUGUGUGAGACUAAUGUAAUAGCUGUUGUUAUGAGACGUGGUCAUUAUUUUAUUCUAUGCUGCAUCUUAAAGUACAUGAUUGUUUGUUGCAAACUCAAAUUAAAUUUAGUGAAGAAAAAAAUAAAUAUUUAAGUUGCAUAGCACAUAG